CAAAAACCAUAAUUAGACAUUAAAGGCAAACAACAGAAGAAACAAAAGACAUCAUAGUUUGUUAGUCCCUUUCAACUAUGAUUCCAUUUCCUAUCAAUUUUCAUUAACAAUAAAACUUCUCCUGUCUUUUGAAACUCUUUCUCUUUCCUAAAAAAGAUUUAUAUUCUUUGUUCUUGUGAGGGGAUAAAAAGAGGAAGAGUUUCAUAUGAUUUGUGUUUUUUUUUAUUGUUUUGUAAAGAAGUAGAAGAAGAAAGAUCAAGAAUUGGUUCAAAAUGUUACAAAGAGCUGCAACUAAUGCUUACUCAUGGUGGGCUGCUAGCCAUAUUAGGACCAAACAGUCCAAAUGGCUUGAACAAAGCCUUCAAGAUAUGGAAGAGAAGGUGGAAGAUGUGAUCAAGCUAAUUGAAGAAGAUGGAGAUUCAUUUGCCAAAAGAGCAGAAAUGUACUACAAGAAAAGGCCAGAGCUAAUAAACUUUGUGGAAGAAUCUUAUCGUGCCUAUCGAGCAUUGGCUGAACGAUAUGACAAGUUGUCAAGAGAGUUGCAGAGUGCCAACAACACCAUUGCAACUCUUUUUCCGGAACAAAUUCAACUAGCAAUGGAUGAAGAAGAUGAUUAUGGUACCCCAAGAAUGCCAAAGAAUUUCCCACAAACUCCAACAGGUGGAGCAAAUAUUCCAAAUGUUCCUCCAAAGGCUCCUGUUAAAGACAUGAAAGGUCUUUUGAAAACAGGCACAAAGCAAUUUCUAGGCAAGAAAUCAUCUAACAAAGCAAGAGAUGCAAAUAAAGAAGCACCAAAAUCUGGUUUGACAAAAGAUGAAGCCCUUGAAGAGAUCGACAAGCUCCAGAGAGAUAUUCUUUCUUUGCAAACUGUGAAAGAGUUUGUAAAAAGCUCUUACCAAAGUGGGAUUGCUAAGACCAUGGAAAUCGAACAACAGAUUGUGGAGAAGCAUCAAAAAAUUUGCAGUUUGGAGGAUGAAUUUGGUGAGGCUCGGGUUAUUGAGGACGAUGAAGCUAGGACCUUAAUGGCCGAAUCAGCACUAAAAUCGUGUCAAGAAACGUUGGCUCAGCUUCAGGAGAAACAAGAACAAUCCACCAAAGAUGCAAAAGAGGAGUUCAAGAAGAUCGAAGAAGCUCGUAAGAAACUCAAGUCUUUCAGGCAAAAGUACUUGGGUGAUCCACUUGAUGAAACGAAACCAGAUGAUUCUGCUGAAGCAUCAGAUGUAUCAUCACAAUGCACGAGCCAAGAAGAAGUUGGUGAGCAAAUUGAGUCGUUGAAUGGCAAGAUCAACGAGCAAUUUGACACGAGCUCUAUGCCAUCUCUAACAGUGACACAAUUAGCAGAAAAAAUUGAUGAGCUUGUGAAUAAGGUUGUCAGCUUAGAAACAGCAGUUUCAACUCAAACUGUUCUUAUUGAGAGAUUAAGAACAGAAGCUGGUGGGCUCCACACACAAGUUCAGAUUUUGGAGGACGAUAAGGCAGUUACUCUGACAGAGGAUACACACAAUCUGAAUGUUAGAGUGACCGCGAUAGAGGAAAAAUUGAAGGGUAUUCAGGAUCUAAACAAAGAUGUUGAAAAUCAAAACAGCAGCCUUCAGACUCACUUUGCUGAAGCUCGUACCAGUCUUGGCCAGUUAUCAUUCAAAUUGACUAGUGUGAAACCAGAUGAAGAGGUCGAUGAGAUGGAUUCAUCUCAAGAUGAAGAGGAAACUCUUGCUGAUAUCAGGUCACAAGACGAGCCAGAAAAGAAAAAAGAUCAUAUUAGUACAAGUCAUACAAGUGAAGUUGAGAAAGAACAAGUUCCUGUUACAGCUGUUAGCGAUAAAGAAGUCCAGGAAGGUACGAAAACCCCUAAGAAGCAUGUUGAACUUCCAGCUGAAAAAAGUGAAGAGAGAGUCUCUGAAAAUAGUGCUCAUGAUGAGCCAAAACAACAGGAAGACGAGGAGAAGGACGAUGAUCUUACAUGGCAACAAAUGUUGUUGACUGGUUUGGAGGAUAAAGAAAAGAUCCUCUUAACAGAAUAUACAACAAUUCUCAGGAAUUACAAAGAAUUAAAGAGGAAGUUAAUUGACAUGGAGAAGAAAGAAAGAGACACUGAAUUUGAAGUCACAUUGCAGAUAAGAGAGCUAAAAAGUGCUAUUUCGAAGAAGGAUGAAGAGAUAGAAAGUUUACGCCUAAAAUUGAGCCUUGUGCAAGGAAAUGUUUCUGAAAGUUCAUCGGAGUCGAAAGAAGAAAAACAGCAAGAUUCUAGUCCUUCUGAUGAUCGAAGCUUAAAACCUGACGACUCGCCUAAAGGGGAAGACAAGAAUGAACAGGAUGUGAAGAUCAUUUUGAUUGAUCAACGUUCAUCUCUCUCACCAGUUGAAGAGAAACUCCGGAUGGGAAUUGAUGCAUUACUAGACGAAAACUUGGAUUUCUGGCUAAGAUUUAGUUCAGCAUUUCAUCAAAUUCAAAAGUUCAAGACCACAGCCCAAGAUUUGCAGGGCGAAAUAGCAACGCUCAGAGAGAAGGAAGCGAAAGAGGGCAGCUCUAAAACAGACAUGAAAUCAGAAAUCAGGCCCAUAUAUAAACACCUGAGGGAGAUUCAGAAUGAGCUAACAGUGUGGUUAGAACAAAGCUUGUCACUAAAAGAUGAACUGAAACGUAGGUUCUCGUCUUUAUGCAGCAUUCAGGAGGAAAUUACAAGAGCAUUAAAGGAGGGAGUUGAAGAAGAAGAAAUCAGAUUCAGUAGCCAUCAAGCUGCAAAGUUCCAAGGUGAAGUUUUGAACAUGAAACAAGAAAACAACAAGGUAAGAGAGGAGCUGGAAGCUGGUGUAGAACAUGUAACUACACUUCAAGUAGAUGUUGAGAAGACACUAAGAAAACUGGAUCAUGAGUUUGAUGUUGGUGGAAGUCAACCACAAUUGACAAACUCAGCAAGUAGGUCAAGGAUACCUUUGCGAGCGUUCAUCUUUGGAACGAAAGCAAAGAAAAGCAAGCGUUCGUUUUUUCAUCACAACAGGAAAUAUCAGGUCUUGAAAGGUGGAGUACCUUUAUAGAUGUUUUAUCUUGAUCUUGUUUUUCUUCUCCCUUUUUAUACUUUUCUUUUUUUGGUU